CAUGAUGAUAUUCUUCCUUUUCGCCCUAUAAAAGCUGCUACUGAUUUCUACACAACUGCAAAAACAACACUCAACAGUGCCGAGCAGAAGAGUUUUCCCAAUCCGUAGGAACGCCACCAGCCUUCAAGGAUCGAGGCGCAGAUGCAGCUCUUGGGAGAGAUCUCAGGAGUGGUCUGGCGGUUCACCAGCGCGGUCGCAAGCAUCACCUUAUUCCCGGGAGUAACCCCAGGAGCAGCCACAGCCAGCGCACCAGCAACGCCAUCGGCAGCAACAGCCUUGGUGGACAAGCAUGGACAACAGUCAAGCACCAGUGAGUUCUGUAGCAACAAACAAAUCCACUGCAGACUUCCAAUUCUCGUUGGCAGUGGCUGGGCAACUAAAGCAGCAGCAGCAACAACAUCAGCAGCCGCAACAGCAGCAGCAGCCGCAACAACAGCAGCAGCCGCAACAACAGCAGCAGCCGCCACAACAGCAGCAGCCGCAACAGCAGCAGCAGCAGCCACAACAGCAGCAGCCGCAACAGCAGCAGCAGCCGCAACAACAGCAGCAGCCGCAACAACCUCCUCCACCGCCGGCAACGACUGGCAGCAGUCUACACCAGUCACAGUAUGGUAACACGACAACGGCAUCCUCCCUCAGUGGACCUAGUGGCGCAGCAGUAAACGCUGAUACGAGCUCUCCGUACUAUCGCCCUGGCAACAGACCUUUGGAGCAUGGUUACGCAUCUUACUCUGGAUCUUUGGUGAAGGCACUGUCCGGACACCGGAGCAUUAGACUUCCGGCGCGGUGUGGCGGUUCGCCACCGCCGUUGCAAGCACCACCUGAAUCCUGGGAGCAACCCCAGGAGCAGCCAGAGCUAGCGCACCAGCAACGCCAUCAGCAGCAACAGCAGCAAUUGCCUUCCUGGACUAGCAUGGACCCCAGUCAAGCACCAACAUAUGCAUCCAAUGACUUUUCGAUGGAAAUGAUGCAGCAACAGCAGCAGCCGCAACAACAGCAGCAGCCGCAACAACAACAGCAGCAGCCGCAACAACAGCAGCAGCCGCAACAACAGCAGCAGCCGCAACAACCUCAUUUCCCACCGGCAACGAAUGUCAGCAGUCUAUACCAGUCACAGUAUGGUAACACACCAAAGGCAUCCUCCCUCAGUGGACCGAGUGGCGCAGCAGUAUACGCUGAUACGAGCUCUUCGUACUAUCGUCCAGACAACAGAUCGUUGCAGCAUGAUCAAACAUCUUACUCUGGAUCUUCGGUGAAGGCACUGUCGGGACACCAGAGCAGUGUGAGUAAACAGACACAGACAGACUCACGAACGAAUGGCAGCAGGCUAUACCAAUCACUGUAUGGUAACACACCAACGGCAUCCUUCCUCAGUGCACCGAGUGGCGCAGCAGUAUACGCUGAUACGAGCUCUUCGUACUAUCGUCCGGGCAACACACCGUUGCAGCAUGGUCACACAUCUUACUCUGGAUCUUCGGUGAACGCGCUGCCGGGACACCAGAGCAGUCAGACACAUGGAUACAAUGCAUUCUUGAUGGCAAUGAUGAAGCAACGACAGCAGAAGCUGCAACAACAGCAGCAGCCGCAACAACAGCAGCAGCCGCAACAACCUCACUUCCCACCGGCAACGAAUGGCAGCAGUCUAUACCAGUCACAGUAUGGUAACACACCAAAGGCAUCCUCCCUCAGUGGACCGAGUGGCGCAGCAGUAUACGCUGAUACGAGCUCUCCGCAUUUUCGCCCUGGCAACAGACUGCUGCAGCAAGGUGACACAUCUUAUUCUGGAUCUUUGGUGAAGGGACUGCCGGGACACCAGAGCAGUACACAUGGAUACUAUGCAUUCUUGAUGAGAAAGAUGCAGCAACAACAGCAGAAGCCGCAACAACAGCAGCCGCCGCAACAACAGCAGCAGCUGCCACAACCUCACUUCCCACCGGCAACAAAUGGCAGCAGUCUAUACCAGUCACAGUAUGGUAACACACCAACGGCAUCCUCCCUCAGUGGACCGAGUGGCGCAGUAGUAUACGCUGAUACGAGCUCUCCAUACUGUUGCCCUGACAACAGACCGUUGCAGCAUGGUCACACAUCUCACUCUGGAUCUUCGGUGAAGGCACUGCCGGGACACCAGAGCAGUAUGUUUGGCGAAGACAUGCUACAGGCAAUGUGUGCCACUGGCGCUCUCUACUCAGGCGACACAGCACAGACUUAUCCGGGCAGCGCAGGAAGGACUCAGAUGGGAGCAGCUAAUCUAUCGGCGACAGCAGAUACAGGGCUGCCAUCGCAAGCAUCGCAGAGACAUGGAUCCACUGCAUUCUCGAUGGCAAUGACGCAGCAACAACAGCCACAGCCGCAACAACAGCAGCAGCAGCCGCAACAACAGCAGCAGCCAGAACAACCUCAGUUCCCGUCGGCAGCAAUUAGCAGCAGUCUAUACCAGUCACAGUAUGGUAACACGCCAACGGCAUCCUCCGCCAGUGGACUGAGUGGCACAGCGGUUUACGCUGAUACGAGCUCUCCGUACUAUCGUCCUGGCAACAGACCUGGGCAGCAUGUUCACACAUCUUACUCUGGAUCUUCGGUGAAGGCACACACACUGUCAGGACACCAGAGGAGUAAAAUACAUGGAUCCACUGCAUUCUCGAUGGCAAUGACGCAGCAACAGCAGCAGCAGCCGCAACAACAGCAGCAUCCAGAACAACCUCAGUUCCCGUCGGCAGCAAUUGGCAGCAGUCUAUACCAGUCACAGUAUGGUAACACGCCAACGGCAUCCUACCUUAGUGGACCGAGUGGCGCAGCAGUAUACGCUGAUACGAGCUCUCCGCACUAUUGUCCUGGCAACAGACCGUUGCAGCAUGGUCACACAUCUUACUCUGGAUCUUCGAUGAAGGCAAUGCCGGGACAUCAGAGCAGUAUGUUUGGUGACAACAUGCUACUGAGAAUGGGUGCCACUGGCGAACUCUACUCCGGCGACACAGCACAGUAUUAUCCUGGCAGCACAGUGGCUCAGAUGGGAGCAGCUAAUCUAUCGGCGACAGCAGAUACAGGGCUGCUAUCGCAAAUAUCGCGCGAGACACUUCAGGAAGUGAUUCAGUUAAUUUUGGCUCACAGAAACGACCUUCAAAGUGAAAACGAAGACCCGUUGGCUGAGUUUUUGUAGCAGUGUAAGGAAGAGAAGGCCAAGACCCAGGGAAUUAGCUCUGCCUCAGGCGGGGUUGAUCAGGGAAUUAGCUCUGCCUCUGGCGGGGUUGAUCAGGGAAAUAGCUCUGCCUCUGGCGGUCCUAAUCAUGUCGAGGACGACCACGACAAUGAAAGUUCCGGCGGUGCAAAGGGAGCGGGACUAUAAAUAUUCAAAUAGAAAUGACAUUAGGUAAAAUGUACGUGAGAUGACAGUGUGCCUGCUGCCGUAUCGUGAAUCGGUCUCACCGAUAGGCUGCUGUGCCUCAGACUGAGUAAGAAUAUCUGGGCUGCUGGCUGCAGAUGCGCGGACAUGAUGUGAAUGUCGAUGGUAUGAACAAGAUGAGCUCGUUGAACUGUCGACCAUCUUGCCUUCUACAUGUAUUUUGUCCAGUGUUUUGCCCCAUGUUUUGUCUGUGUUUUGUGCCAUGUUUAGUCCAGUGUUUGGUGCAGUGCGUGUGUGCUCCAGCAAUGCUUGUUCUCCAAGCUGGUAUAUUCCUAUUGCUGCUGCUGCUAUCAAUACUAUGACAUUGUGUCAUGUCAAUAAAAACAAUAAAAACAAAAAUAUAUAAAAAUGGACUCGGGUGGACCUUCUUGUUGCUUGUAGUUCCUUGGUCCUUUUUUCUUUUCUAUACAACGAUGUAAAAAAAUCAGUUGCCACGGUUACUAUGAUUGUGACUCGUUUGUACGUUUGACUUAAUUAAGCAGUGUGAACCGCCAGAUCGCAGUAUACCUCAAGAUCCUCAAACCUUUCCAGGCAAAUGUGUUCCUGUUUGUAUUAUUUUUACUUUUUCACCUUUUCAUGUCACUUCUCCCCUCUCACAUAGCAGCCACCUUUACUUCCUUUCCCCAGUAAACUCCCUUUGAUAGGCAUCCAUUUGCCUCUGGAGAAUCCUUGCAAAAUAUAAUACAUGCAUGAAAAAUAAUUAUA